AUGGCUUCAAAUAAACAAGUUCUACGCCACGUUGUCUUAUUAAAAUUCAAUGAAAAUACAUCAGCAGCCGAUAUAACACGACUUGAAAAUGAAUUUCGUACAUUAGCAACAGUCAAAGUUUCUCAAGUCAAGGAAUAUGAAUGGGGUACAAACGUCAGCAAGGAAAAUCUUGAUCAUGGAUAUACUCAUUGUUUCAUACUGACAUUUGCUAAUGAAAAAGAUCGGGAUAUAUAUGUUGAUCAUGAAGAUCAUGUGGCUUUUGUCAAUAUCGUAAAACCACAUUUGGCUGAAGUAACUGUGGUUGAUUUUUGGGCGAAUAGUUAA